AUGCAGCGACUUUUCGGUGAACGAGUGCCUCAAAUCCAGGCACUUGCUUCAUCAGCGUCUCCGCCCGCUUCCGCCGAACUUCUGCCAUGGAUAAGAAAAAAUGAAAUUGGAGGAGACGCUGUUAUAGAAACGCCUUUUGGAAGACGACAAGCCAUCUACUGCGACUACACAGCCUCGGGGCGUGCUAUUCGUCCCAUCGAGGAUUAUAUUGGGGAUAAUGUGCUCCCUCUAUAUGGAAAUACGCAUAGUACAGUGACGGUAACAUCUGAGCAGACUACCCUGUUGGUUCAUAAUGCGAGACAAGAAAUUCGGUCAAUGACUGGUGCUGGUGACGGAGAUAGCGUGAUUUUCAUUGGAACGGGUACCACAGCUGCCGUAGAAUUGCUAAUUCACCUGUUGCAGCCAGAAAAACUGGUCGUCAUCAACUUCAUCCACGAGCACCACUCCAACUUACUACCAUGGCGGUCGAUUGCAAAAGCUUGUUAUUCUGUGAAGGAAGCCGUAGAUGGAACAGCAAAUAUUGGCGACUUGGUCCAUGUACUGGAGAAAUCUCGCAAAGCUUAUCCAGACUGCCAAAUUUUAGCAGCUUUUAGCGCUUGUUCAAAUAUCACUGGAAUAUGCCAGGAUGUACAGAAAAUCACUGCCAUUGCCAAAAGGUAUAAGGCGAUAGUUGUAUGGGACUACGCAUCGGCUGCACCUUACGUUGAUAUUAACGUAAAUGGAACACAGCCGCUGGACGCAGUGUUUUUCUCUGGUCAUAAGUUUGUUGGAGGCGUUUCUACCCCUGGAGUACUCGUUGUCAAAAAAUCCUUGAUACGAGCUACAAAACCCAAGAGAAUCGGUGGAGGAACGGUGUUUUUCGUGACCCCGACCGGAGAGUGGUACUUAAAAGAUGCCGAAUAUCGUGAAGAAGGUGGCACUCCGGACAGUGUGGGCAUAAUUCGACUUGCGCUAGCUGUAAAAUUGAAGAGGGCAAUCGGAGAACAAACUAUAAUUGCUAGGGAAGCGCAUAAGUCUCAAAGAUUCCUCGAAGGCUUGCAAAAAUGCGACAAUGUGGUGUUAUUAGGAGCUCCGACGGUUAGGAAUAGACUUGCAGUUUUUUCAUUCCUUGUGAAGGAUCCCAUUUCUGGACUAUUUUUCCAUCAUAACUACAUCACUGCUUUGUUAAAUGAUUUAUUCGGCGUACAGUCCCGUGCUGGAUGCAUGUGUGCUGGGCCUUACGCAGAAUUUUUACUGGGUAUUGAUGAGCAGCUAGCUGCGCAAUACCUGGCUUCACUACGUGAGGCUGAAGCACUAGAUCGAACGCAUCUUCGAAGAGUUGGAGAACAUUCCUGUAAAGAAGUGCUUAGACCAGGAUUCACAAGGAUGUCCAUUCCUUAUUUCUGGUCAGAUGAGCAGGUAGAUCAUCUUGUCGACUGUAUCCGCUUUGUGUCCGAACGAGCAGCUGACUUCAUACACUUGUACCAACUAAAUUGUGAGAGCGCCAAGUGGCAUCAUGAUAAACAACGCACUUUUCACGCUCGAAAGUUAGAUUAUGUAUCAUUCACCAAGCAUGGUAUGGUGGUUGAAGAGGAGAAGAGGGAUACAUCCGAUCCUGUGCUACCCGAAAAGUCAAUUGAAGAGGCUAAACAGCUAGCUGAUGAGAGCCUGGAGGCAUUAAAAAAGACCGUUGUGCCCGAUGGCAGAUUUGCGAUCGACGAACGUCACGCUCAUCUGCGCUGGUUUGUGCUCCCCAUUGAGGUGACUGAACGCGCAAUGGGAAAAUCUGUAGACUAUCCAAAUCUGCCUUUUGUACCACGAAAGUACCCGAAAAUAGUUGCAGAGAUGAAUGGAGUAGGAACUGAAUUGCAAACCUCAUCCAAUGAGCAAAUCAAUGGAGAUAGCAUUGCUGCAAAACGCGAUACAGAGCCCGGAUUUCGUGAGGAUACAGGAGACUGGGAGAUAAUCGACAAACACUUUGAAGACAAUUGUGUUCCUUGCAGUUCUGAUGUAGCUCAGUGCUCUCCGGAUUCAGCUGAACGAGGCAAUGAAAGAUGGGGGGGCCUUGGUACCGAUGAGAAUCCUGAAGAGGCUAAGGAUUCGGAUGACCAUAAGAGGGUUACGGAACUUAUACAUGGCUUGGAUAUGAUAAAGAAAAUGUGCAUCUUCUCAGCAUGUGGUCAAAUUGUCUUUGGAGUUGUGAUGGUCGGUUGCUUAAUACUCACAGCUGUCCCAACAUUCAAUGGGAAGAUGCUCAAAUGGGGUUGUAUAAAAGACAUCAAGAAUUGUGAGGAUUCAACGGAUCAUGAGGGCUAUUUGAAAACUGUAGCGAUAUUCAUGUGCUUGGCAUUGCUCUUCGAAAUAAUUGCUCUGGCUUGGAAUGUGUUCACAUUCUUUGCAUGCUGCUGCAAAAAGUAUCUGACACGUCCGUUGGUUAUUCUUUCGCUCAUUGCCACCAUUAUGCUUCUGAUUGCGGUGAUCAUCUAUGGAGUGAACAACAAAGAUAGUAUAAAGAAGCCAUUCUGGCUGUCGAUCUGCGCUCUUGUGCUGGCCGCUGUCGACACAGUAAUCGCAGCCCUAGUGUGCUUAGGAAAGCGGAGACUGUACAAAGACAGCAGAGUCUACAAAAUAAAUGAUGUUUACAGAUCGGACUCUAUUCGUCAAAAGAAAUAA